AUGAGAUGCACAGUAAGAACGAAGAAAACUCUCGUCUUUGGCAUUGGAGGGGGCAUGCUCGUAGUGGGAGUGUUCUUGGGAGGAUUCAUGAGCAUGAUAGUGGACAGUAUUUUAAAAUCUCAACUAGUUUUAUCUGAAGGUUCGACGAGCUACAACAACUGGAUAGAACUUCCCAUCCCGAUGUACAUGGAAUUCUACAUUUUCAAUGUUUCCAACGCAGAUGAGUACGAACAGGAUCCAACAAUUAAACCGAAUUUAGUGGAAAUGGGACCAUAUGUAUACAGGGAAUAUCAUAAAAGAAAUAUCACAGCCUGGAAUGAGAACGAAACGGUAACUUUUCAGAAUAUAAGAACAUGGUACUUUGAUGAAACAAAUUCUGUUGGCCCUGAAGAUGAUCUUGUCACAACUAUAAACGUCGUUCCUGCGGUUCUUAACUACAUGUCUCGUCACAUGAGUACUGGGAAAAAGCUGGUUGUUUCGUCACUUUUGGAUAUCACUAACGAAACAAUGUUUGUGACUAAAUCUGUGAGGGAAUUAAUGUUCGACGGAUACUUCGAUCUUCUGCUCAACUUUACAAAUGAGCUGUCAUUACCAAUUCCAUUUGAGGAGUUCGGAUACUUUGUUGAUAGGAAUGGCUCGGAAACUUACGAUGGUGUGUUCAACAUGUACACUGGCGAGAGCAAUCUAGACCUUCUGGGAACAGUGGCAAAUUGGAAUUAUAUGAAUGAAACUCCUUACUUCGAUUCGCCGUGCAACAGCAUCAGCGGUACCACUGGAGAACUUUGGGCGCCAAUCAAAAGCACAGCUGACGUCGGAAUAUUUGCUCCUGAUGUUUGUUCGACACUGAAGAUGAGGUACAGCGGCGAAGCGAAGAUCCACGGGCUGCGCGGCUACGGCUACCUGCUGUCGGAUGACGUGUUCAAUGCGAGCAGCACGGAGGGCGCGUGCUUCUGCCUGACGGGCAAAGACUGUGCGCCGGCGGGGCUCAUGAACGCGUCCGCCUGUCGCUUCAACGCGCCCGUCUUCGUCUCGAGGCCUCACUUCCUGCUCUCGGACCCCUCGCUGGGCGCUGCCGUCCAUGGGCUGCAGCCCGACCCGGACAAGCACAACUUCACGCUCGGCAUUGAACCGUUCACGGGAAUCCCCCUGUACGUGAACGCGCGUCUCAUGCUGAACGUCAUGCUGGAGCCUGUGGAGCUAGUUUCUGUGAAACCGAGCUCCACAAUGAAAGCUCGGUUUCUUAGGGAUACUUGGGCUGAUUUAUGUGUGGUCUUUGGUGGCUUGUUACAGACAUCAAUUCAUGCAAUGGAAAUAAUCAUUUUAAGUCCAAACCUUAACGAAACAUUUGAUGAGCUGUUGCUCGAGCCGAUGUUUGGACGUUGA